GUUUUCUCAAAAGUCGAGAUCGUUCACAUCAGAAGUUCUACACACUGAUGACCAAAACUCAAAUGUUUAUUCGCUUCAUUGAAGAGUGUUCUUUUGUCAGUGAUAAGGAUGCAAGCCUUGCAUUUUUUGAUGACUGCGUAUAUAAAGUAGAUAUGGACAAAACUGGGGAAACACGACUUAUAGAGCUGGAUGAGUCAUACAAAAGUGAGCAUACGGUUUUCAUAACACCACCUGAGAUCCCUCAUCUGCCAAAUGGUGAAGAGCACCCUCUACAAUACAGCUACAAUGGAUUUCCAGUAUUAAAACUAGAUUUGUUUGAGCAACCUGAAGGAUUUCUCACAGCACCAAAUAACAAACUGUCCUCAAAAGCCAGUAGUCCCAACAGCCCAUUACCAAUGUUCAGAAGAACUAAACAGGAAAUUAAAUCUGCACAUAAAAUUGCUAAGAAGUACUCAUCCAUACCCCAGAUGUGGUCCAGAUGUUUGUUACGUCACUGCUAUGGUCUUUGGUUUAUCUGCCUUCCUGCGUAUGUGAAAGUGUGCCAUUCAAAAGUGAGGGCUCUGAGAACUGCAUAUGAUGUGCUACAAAAAAUGCAUUCCAAAAAAAUAGAUCCACCUGAUGAGGUAUGCUACCGAGUACUCAUGCAACUGUGUGGACAGUAUGGUCAGCCUGUGCUAGCAGUGAGAGUGCUUUGUGAAAUGCAGAAAGCUGGUGUUGAUCCUAAUGCCAUUACUUAUGGCUACUACAAUAAGGCUGUUUUGGAAAGUACCUGGCCUUCAAGCAAUCGAGGUGGCUAUUUCCUAUGGAUGAAAAUAAGAAACGUUGUUUUAGGAAUAGCACAGUUUAAAAAAGCACUGAAAAAGCUACCAGCAAGCACAUCACAUGCAGCUGUUCCUGGGGGACUUUCAGACUUUGGCAAUAACACAUCAUUCAAAGAAGAAGCCAGGCAUGGGAAAACUUGUCUUCAAGAUAUACAAGAACAAAAAGAGGGCAAGAGAGAGAGUGACUCCAGUUCUCUGUCCGAAGUGGAGAGCACAAAAGGGAGUGGUGACUGUCUACCUAAACUAAAUUACCAGAACUCGAGUAAUGCCAAAGCUGCUUCUAGCAUAGUGCGGCUCAACGGUACAGUUGACAAUACCGUAGCAGAAACUAGCACAGAGAGUUCUGUAGGAUUGCUGUUUACAUCAUCUUUUGAGGAUGCCAGAGAAGCAGAAGUUAUAAAAAGUAAAUCCUUAAGAAAGAGACAUAAAAGCGCAGUAGAACCUGACUUAAGGGAGAUAUCAUGGGAAAGCAGGAACCGUAAUCUAAGUGGAGAUGGCUUAGUGGGACUGAUGAUAAACAGAAUAAAUCAGGAAGCAAACCCUGGAGAAAUUGUUGAAAAACUAGGAGCUGAUGCCAAAAUCCUAUCUAGUGCAUUACAGAAAAGCAUAAGGCCAAAAACUCUUAAUAUCAGAACUUCCUCUUUAGGAUCUAAGAGAGAAAGCCUGGAGAAAGAAUCUAGUGAUGAAGAUGCACCUUUUGAUUGCAGCUUUACAGAUAAAACAGAGUCUCCUGUUAUCUUUGAUCUGGAAGACUUGGAUGCAGAACCUGAAACACCUACAGCAGUGAAAUCCUCCAGUGAGAAAUCUAGAAGGCUGCAAAGGAAGAGCAGUUUUCCAGUAAAGCCAGUUGAAAAGACAGAUGUUGAAACUGGAUUUGAUCCACUGUCUCUGCUGGUUGCUGAGACAGAACAGCAGAAAGAGGAUGAUGAGGAGGAUGAUGAUAGAAGUGUUUCUACUCCAUCUGCAAGACGAGAUUUAGCUGAAGAAAUAGUCAUGUACAUGAACAAUAUGAGCAGCCCUUUGUCAAGUCGUGCCCCAAGCAUUGAGUUGCAAAAACCCUACGAUGACAGAAAUGCUAAUAAAAAAAGCCCAACAGUAAUCCAACCUUGUAGGAGGUCCAGCCUUCCCCCAAACUCCCCAAGACCAUCCAGUCUUACCAAAUCCAAGAGUUAUCACGCAAAACAUGAAGAAAGGUCAAGAGACAGGCUUUGGUCCUCCCCAGCUUAUUCCCCAAACAGUCCAGCAAAGGAACAGCCACAGGAUGCAACUAGUUCAUUAACAUUUGUGUCUUCACCGUCAUUCAACUUGGAUACACUGCUAACACCUAAGUUUGAUGUUCUAAAAAGCAGCAUGUUUUCUGCUGGAAAAGGGGUUGCAGAGAAAGCUAGCAAGUGGUACUCCAAAUUUGCAAUGUAUGCUGCAUCCUCAAAGGAUCAAAAUUCAGACCGAGCAAGUGUUUCAUCUCUUGGAGCUCUAGACUCAGAAUCAACUUCUCUAACUGAUGAAGAUGUCUGCAAUGAUUUUGAAAGUGCUUCUCCUCAGGAGAAUACCACAUCAGAAAUUAAGGGAAUUGGCCUCAGCAGGACAAGCCUAGAAAGCUCAGCUUCCCAUGAUGGCUCAUCAAAACAAUUUGACCAGUGUGGUUCUCUUUCAAAGUUCCCUUUACCCGACAAAUCAGAGUUGAUAUCUUCUUGCAGUACAAGUAGUACCAGUGUGUUUCAGAACUACGCUAUGGAGGUCCUCAUCUCAAGCUGCUCACGAUGCCGAACUUGUGACUGUUUGGUUCAUGAUGAAGAAAUCAUGGCAGGUUGGACAGCAGAUGAUUCAAAUCUCAAUACCACGUGUCCCUUCUGCGGCAAUUUAUUUCUACCUUUUUUAAGCAUAGAAAUCAGAGAUCUUCGGCGACCUGGACGUUAUUUUCUGAAGUCCAGCCCUUCUACAGAAAACAUGCAGUUCCCAUCGCUUUUUUCAAAUCAGAGUGGGAAGUCCUGUAACACUGCAGCUACUGUUGGCCUUGCUACAUCUCUAAUGUCUGUUCAAGAGGAUAUAAAUUCAAAUAGCAAAUCUAAGCAGCAUGACAAUAUUUGUGCCAGAAGUAUCCAGAUCCCCUCAGGAAGAAGACAAAAUACCUCUGGGUCGGAAUGUACAAGUCAUCCCGUAGCAAGGAGUAUCAGUACUUUUGGUCCGUUGGAAGAAGACGAGAAGGAAAACCAGAAGAUCAGCCAUAUCAUUCCUACUGGUAGCCUGCCUGCUACCUUGCAAGGACCAACAGAUUCCUUGGGCCUAGAAUGGCGCUUACCUAGUCCUGAUCCUAUAACGGUUCCUUAUCUCAGUCCUCUAGUAGUAUGGAAAGAGCUUGAGAGUUUGCUUGAAAAUGAAGGGGAUCAUGCAAUAACAGUUGCGGACUUUGUAGAUCAUCACCCUAUUGUGUUCUGGAAUUUGGUGUGGUAUUUCAGACGCUUGGACUUGCCUAGUAACUUACCAGGAUUAAUACUUUCUUCUGAGCACUGUAAUAAAAACUCCAAGAUUCCACGAAACUGUAUGUCAGAGGACAGUAAAUAUGUUCUUAUUCAGAUGCUAUGGGACAAUAUGAAACUGCAUCAGGAUCCAAGGCAGCCUCUAUAUAUUUUGUGGAAUGCUCAGAGUCAAAAUCGCACUCUUUUGUUUGAGACUCAGAAGUACCCAAUGGUCCAUUUAUUGCAAAAAGAUGAUGACUCUUUUAACCAGGAGCUCUUGAGAAGUAUGGUGAAAAGUAUUAAGAUGAAUGAUGUGUAUGGACCAAUGAGUCAAAUAUUGGAGAGAUUGAACAAAUGGCCACAUAUCAAAAGACAGAGGAGCCUUUACAGAGAAAUACUAUUUCUUUCACUUGUUGCUCUAGGAAGAGAUAACAUUGAUAUAGAUGCUUUUGACAGAGAGUACAAAAUGGCCUACGAUCGUCUCACAGCUAAUCAAGUGAAGAAUACUCAUAAUUGUGAUAGACCACCAAGUACUGGGGUGAUGGAAUGCAGAAAGAUUUUUGGAGAACCAUAUCUUUAA